GAAGGAUGUGUGUUCCUUCAUAAUGCCGCUUGAAGAAUGGAGGAUGAGACUCACAGAUGCAACCCAUUUCCCUGGAAUCAUUCAUGUGGUGGUAGACUGGCCAGGUCAUUCCUCUGUGUUAAACAACAUCAUAUCAUGGCUAUUCAUCUCAGAUGGGGCUGUGCAGUAUGGUGAUGAUCCUCAGAGCUAUGAGGAGGGAACUGACCAGGAUGUUACAGGCACAACCAAUAAUCCAGAGUGUCCUUCACGAAGUCAGCGGCAGACUGAUGCUGGAUCGCAGCUGUGGUCCGCCCGGGAAUGGUCAAAGGAAGAUCUUCUUGAAACCAUUGAUGAAGGAGAGGAAGAUGGUUAAAAUCAUUUCAUCUACUCACAACCUUUCUAUACAUUAUGUCUAACAUUGAAGUCAAAAGAAACGAGAGGAAAUUAUAUUUAUAAUCCAACACGAUUCUUCAAACUUGUUUCAGUUUGAAAACAGCAUGUACAAUGAGUAAAUGGUACAGCUAAACAGCUUCAGAAGCAGAGAGAUAAGUGAUGUUUGAUUUUGACAUCAUGGUCAUUGGUGACGUCAUAGUUGUCUGCUAAGCAUUGUGUUACAUCCCAUUAAUGUCACCCAUGUGAUAUUACCUCGCGAAGCCAGUUGUAGAUGAUAAAUUUACAUACCAGCCUUAGCAUGUGACACAUAUGAAAAUAUUAUUUCUGUUCAAAUUGUUGAGUUGUGAGUUGGGACCCUUUGAGAUUGUGCGUUAUUUCAAUCCAAAAAUGAUAAUCUUAUUUUUUUCGGUUUUGACACCAAGAUAUACAGAGUGGGGAGCACGAAAACUUGGUGCAGCUAAAUUAUACGUCAGCAAGUCCAGGUGCCACUAAUUACACGUACCCUAGGAGAUCCCCGUUAGAAUUGAUCUUUAGCAAACUUUGCUUGUCGAAAGAGGCGACUAACGACUAACGGGAUCGGGUGGUCAGGCUCGCUGACUUGGUUGAUGCAUGU